GUUAGGUGGCGAAACGCGUGGUGACGACUGGCUUCCUUUUUCCUUUCUAUUUUAUUAAUUUUAGAUGUUUGUUUUCGUUAUUCGUGUAGGAAAAAAAAAGUUGUGUAUUUGGAUUGAUAAUUUAUGACGGCUUGGUAUCGUUGACAUUUCGUUUUUGCAAAAUACCACGUGUUAGGUGUUCUGAACGUUGGAUGUAUGUAGUUACCAGAUCGAUACAUCCGAGCUAAAAAAAAAUUGAUUUAUGUGAAAAAAUUGUUGAUGAGACGAUCGAUCGAAUAAUUAAAAUGAAAAUAGUACUUUGUUUUUGUGGUCGAGUGUACAAUUCUUUUCUAUAUGUAGUAAGUUAAUUUUAGAAUUUGACGAUGAUUUCGUGUAUGAUGUUAUGCUAUUAUACAAUAGUCGUAAAUAAUUUGGAAGUUUGGCGUGUAAUAUCGAUUGCUCGAUAGUAAGAUAGAAUCAACGUGACUCAUGUUGUCCUUUUCCGUUUUCAUUGGAAAUUUAUUUAGAGAAAUAAUGUAAUUAUAAACGAAAGUUAUACGAUGUUAAAUGAUCGUGUAUUAAACUACGCUAAAUGUUAUAUUGUAAAACGUAAAGGACAUAAAAAAUGUAAAAUAAAUACAGCUUUCUGAAAAAUUGUAUGCAAAACUACGCAUCGGGCAUAUGGAGCGAACAUGAUAUUCGUUAAACGAUACACAAUUGUUUAUUGAUCGUUCUAUAUCAAUUGUUUUGACCAACACGGUAGUCGAUUGGAAAUAAAACUAACGACCUACAUCUACAUGUUGCACGAUAACGAGUCACUGGUCGAACCCUGUACCGAUUACUGUGUCAUCGGGUUUCUUGGCAGACCUCGGAUUCACGCGACGAGACGCGAUGAGUGUCAAGAUGACGAUGGCCGCGUGAUUCUACAAACUACGAGCGAUUUCGGGAUCGUUUACUUGCAACUAAAAGGCAAUGAACGAAAGCUACCAAACUUCUUCUAGAGAAACAAGAAGGUACCUUCAAAGCGAGAUGGACAAUCAUCGGGAAACAUCGUCGCAUAGAGAAAUGCACCAUAAUUUGCCACGUUAUAGUACUUCGAACGCUUAUCAAGAGGCUUACAACAGCGAGCACGAUAUCCGAUUACCAGAAGAGAGAUCUUCCGUGGAAAGUGUCUCCGAGAUUGAGGAACCUGGCAUUAAUAAAAACAACAUAUAUAAUCCAUACCCAAAUGAACCGGUUUACGGCAAAGUGCUGCCAAAGAGUAACCACGCCACGCUUCGUGAGAGAUACCAACGAUUCAACGAUUACUCGGAGCUGAAUAUGCCAGAGGCGGUAACCGCGAUGCAAAAAUUACAAAGGCUGAAGGAGCUGCAGAUGAAACGGGACAUUAGCGAAAGAUACUACUCGCAAGAAAUCAAACGAUUGAUCGGCGAAUAUUAUUUCGGCCCGAGAGCUGCCUCACCGUCCUCCAAGUUCACCACCGGAACGUUGCAAAGUUCCAGUUUUCAUCCAUCUUCGGGAGGUCGGUUGAAAAACAAUCUCGAGCCAUGUGGCACAAUGACGACAAUCACACGGUUGGAUUGUGGGUGUAUUCAGGAGACGACGAGGCCAAUUUUUACGACGGCAAGGGGCCGCGUUCAAAGGAGGAAAUGCAAUUUAUCUCAAGAUGAGAAGCUUUUGAAGUUAACUUCGUUGAACCCCCAGGAACACUUGUUUUCUUCGUUAGAGCAACCUAAGGAUACGUAUCGCGCGAAAAUGAAGAAACGGUUUUCCCUAGACUCGCGAAUGUGCCCGAAGAUCUCUCCUGCCGGCGAUCAGGAGUUUGAGACGGAGAACGAGAAGAAAAACAAGGAACCAGAACAAAAAAUAUCCGAACAUGUUUCAAGAACAAUGUCCCCUCAACGAAAAUUUAGCGAUACAACAGCGACUUCUUAUUAA